GACCCCAAUGCGCAGUGUGUCAAGCAUGAGGAGAAGGAGCAGAUCAAGUGUCUCAACAGCAAGUUCGCUGCCUUCAUCGACAAGGUGCGCUUCCUGGAGCAGCAGAACAAGCUGCUGGAGACCAAGUGGCAGUUCUACCAGAGCCGCAAGUGCUGUGAGAGCAACCUGGAGCCGCUGUUUGAGGGCUACAUCGAGACGCUGAGGAGGGAGGCCGAGUGUGUGGAGGCCGACAGCGGAAGGCUGUCCUCAGAGCUCAACCACGUGCGAGAGGUGCUGGAGGGCUACAAGAAGAAGUAUGAGGAGGAAGUUUCUCUGAGAGCCACAGCUGAGAACGAGUUUGUGGCUCUGAAGAAGGAUGUGGACUGCGCCUACCUUCGCAAGUCAGACCUGGAGGCCAAUGCAGAGUCUCUGACCCAGGAGAUCGACUUCCUGAGACGACUGUAUGAGGAGGAAAUUCGAGUCCUCAAUGCUCAUAUCUCCGACACCUCAGUUGUUGUCAAGAUGGACAACAGCCGGGACCUGAACAUGGACUGUGUCAUCGCUGAAAUCAAGGCUCAGUAUGACGACAUCGCCAGCCGCAGCCGAGCUGAGGCUGAGUCCUGGUACCGCAGCAAGUGCGAGGAGAUGAAGGCCACGGUGAUCAGGCACGGCGAGACCCUGCGCCGCACCAAGGAGGAAAUCAACGAGCUGAACCGCAUGAUCCAGAGGCUCACGGCCGAGGUGGAGAACGCCAAGUGCCAGAAUUCCAAGCUGGAGGCUGCAGUGACCCAGUCUGAACAGCAGGGUGAGGCAGCCCUCAACGACGCCCGCUGCAAGCUGGCUGGCUUGGAAGAGGCCCUGCAGAAGGCCAAGCAGGACAUGGCCUGCCUGCUCAAGGAGUACCAGGAGGUGAUGAACUCCAAGCUGGGCCUGGACAUCGAGAUCGCCACC